UUUAAUCACUCAGCCAUAUAAAAUAAACUAAGACAAGUAUAUAUAAGAAAAAUGCUUGACACACUUAUCGGUGGGCACGGGCACGGGUUCGGCCACAAGGAUCACAUAAGCAGUGGUUACGGCUUCGAGGGGCACAAUGAGUUUGUGUCUCAUGAGGACUCAGAAAGGAGCCACUUCGAUCGUCAAUCCCGCUACGACCACCAAAUGAGGCUACCGGCUAACCACGGCCGUCCACCCAUGGCUCGCAUGCCUCCCUGUGAUGAAGAAGACUCAGACGAUGAUGAGUUCAUUAAGAGAAGCCGUAGCCACCACACUACUGUGUUGCCGCAUCACCAACAGAAACCCCAUAUGAACUUCAUGCCCCCACCUCCGUUGUCUCAGCCUCACCACAACGGAAAGAUGGGUAAUGGAUGGCAGGGAAGGCAUGAAGAUGGAUACCAUGGCGGGCACGGGAUGCAGCAGCACGGUGGUCACGGCAUGCAGCAGCAUGGUGGGCAUGGGAUGCCACAUCACGGUGGGCACGGGAUGCAGCAGCAUGGUGGGCACGGAAUGCAGCACCACGAUGGGCACGGUGGGCACGGGAUGCAGCACCACGAUGGGCACGGUGGGCACGGUAUUCAGCAGCACGGGACGCACGGGACGCACGGGAUGCAGCACCACGAUGUGCACGGUAUGCAUCAGCACGGGGCGCACGGGGCGCACGGGAUGAAGCACCAGGACAGGCUUAUGGGUCCUCAGAUUCCACCACAUCAUGUCUACAUGAACCCCAACCAUGGAAGUGGCAGUGGCCGUACAGUAAUGUUGAAGGCUUCGGAGAACUGGCGAAUGAGCAAGAGCACCGGCGGCCACCACAAGGUAGGGUGGGGGAGUAAGGGACUCUAAGUGCACCACAAUACUCUGCCGGUUCAAAUAAGAAAGUAAUGAUUAUAUAUCCUAAAUAAUAAUUUUAUAAGAUGUAUGUGUGUGAUGUUUCAGUAACGUACCAAAACCAAACGCUUGGACUCUUAAUAAAAAAUGUUUUCGUUUCAUGAACUUAUGAUUGUUAGGGGGUGUUGUUGUU